CUUGUGAAAAAAGUGCGCCUGGAUACAAAAUUCAAAAUGAACGAAAUUCAAUUUUACUUGGUUCAAAUGCUGAUGGCUCUCACAAAUUAGUGCCCUUAGUUAUUGGAAAAGCCAAAAAUCCCAAGAGCUACAAUGGACUUCACUACAACUUUUCAUUACAACUUUUCUAAAAAUGCUUGGAUGACGUCUCGAAUCUUUCAUGAUUGGUUUCACAAGAUAUUUAUUAAUGAAGUCAUCCAGUUUUCUCAAAAAUAUAACUUGCGUCCGAAGGUUGUUUUGCUUAUUGAUAACUGCUCCGCGCAUGCACCAUUGCAUAUUUCUUGCCGCCAAAUGUGACAGCAGCUGUGCAACCAAUGGAUCAAAAUCCCAUAAAGUUAACAAAACUUGUUUACAGAAGUAAGUUACUUGCUGAAAUAAUAGCUGAAUGUGGUGCACCGAAUAGUCUGUUGAAAUCCCAUUCCAUCCGAAAGGCAAUAAUAUUUCUGAAACAACCUUGGGAUGAGAUAACGCCAACAGUGAUGAGGAAUUCUUGGUCAAAGUUGUUAAAUUGGGACUCUGACCAAUACGACAGCGAUGAUGAUAUGCCACUAGCACAGUUGCUUAACAAAAAUGAGGACUGCAAUGAAGCUCUCCAAGUAAAUCAAACUCUUUUAGCAGAAAUUGAUCCAAACAGUUUCAUGUGUAUUGCUGACAUCGAGAAAUGGAAUGAAGAUGAGUUUGAAGACGGAACUGGUUAUGACCUAAGUAGCGAUGAUGAGUUUUCUAAUAGCAGUGAAGACGAUGUUGUUGAGGACACACCAGUUAUUUCAAAUGCUAUAGCUAUUGAAAGCGUUAACAAUUUAAUAAAUUGGUGCAACAAGAGUGAAUUGUCUUCCAGUAAGCACAUGGCCAAUCUUUUGGCCCUCCAUAUUGUUAUAUCGGAUUUAAAGAAACCAAAAAAACAAACAAAUAUUACUGAUUAUAUGUCAAACAAAAAUUAAUUUUGAACUGAGCCC